AUGCGUACCUGGUUUGGACGGGGCAAAUCCCUGCAGGCUGCUGUCACGGCAUGCUGUCUUAUGGCUUUUAUCUUGUUUGGAUAUGACCAAGGAGUCUUCAGCAGUAUUGUAACCAACGAGGAUUGGAUAAGACAGUUCAAUUAUCCCAAUGACUCUGAAGAGGGUAUUAUCGUUAGCUGCUAUAACCUGGGAUGUCUUUUGGGAUGUUUCAUCAAUUUUUUUAUUGGAGAAACCCUUGGCCGUCGAAGAACGAUGUGGGUUGCGAUGGCCGUGGUCAUUGUAGGCGCAAUACUGCAGACUACUGCGUUUACGGUGCCUCAUUUGGUGAUCGGAAGACUUGUCACCGGUGCAGGUACAGGAAUGAAGACCUCCACUGUGCCAAUGUAUCAAGCAGAAAUGUGCGAUGGCAAAACACGGGGUCGCCUUAUCUCCUCCGAGGUGCUUUUCACAGCUGUGGGCAUUUGCAUUGCAUACUGGUUUGAUUUCGGCAUGUCCUAUGCCCGGGGUCCCAUAGCUUGGCGUCUUCCAAUUGCCAUUCAGGUUAUCUUUGCUGUCUUCGUCAUUGUUCUUCUGUUCGGUCUGCCUGAAUCUCCUCGAUGGCUCAUGAAUCAUGGUCAAGAAAAAGAGGCUAUCAAGGUGCUGUGUGCAGUUUACAACCUAGAAGAGUAUGACGAGUAUAUUGUCAAAGAGCGCCAAGCGAUUCAAUCAGCAAUUGAGCUAGAGAGUGCUGCUAGUAAGCAGUCUAUGUGGAAAAUCUUCCGCAAUGAUGAAGUCAAGACGGGCCAAAGAGUCCUUCUUGCGUGGGGAAUGCAGCUCAUGAACCAAGUCGGAGGAAUCAAUAUGAUUGUUUAUUACGUGCCAACCGUCUUGCAAAAGAAUGUCGGACUUACCGGAAAGCUUCCUUCGAUCUUGGGUGGAUGUAUUGAAGUCAUGUUCAUGAUCGGCUCUCUUCUUCCAGCCUUUAUGCUAGACCAGAUGGGUCGGCGACGAACAAUGAUGAUAGGAUCAUUUGGCCUGGGCGUGUGCAUGCUUAUGAUCGCAGCACUACUAUCGCAGGUUGACGAGCCGAACGGAAAGAAUUACGCCUCGGCCUCAGUGGCGUUCUUCUUCCUAUAUAUGCUCAUUCAUGGGAUGUCCAUAAAUUCUGUGCCCUGGGUAUAUGUCCCCGAGAUCUUGCCCUUGGACGCUCGAACAAAAGGAACUGCCAUCGGUGUCAGCUCAAACUGGCUAUGGAAUUUCACUGUGGUCAUGAUCACGCCCGUCAUUAUCAACCGUAUCCAAUGGAAGGCAUAUCUGAUCUUCAUGAUUACCAAUUUAAUCUUCAUCCCGGUUGUCUAUUUCUUUUAUCCCGAGACUGGCAAUUUGCGCCUGGAGGAUGUUGAUUUGAUCUUUUCUCGGGGAGGCGACCCAGUGAAACAAGCACGAAUCAUGGCUGCGGAGCUCAAAGCGCACGGCCGGAUUGAAGACUCCGAUUGUUCAUCGAAGCGAAUGGAUUUGAGCCCAUAA